AUGAUCUACCGUGUCUCAAUCCUUGUCGUUCGAGAUCUCUUCAGCGUUUCGACGUACCUGCAGAAAGCUUGUGGACUGAGGAGCAGAGCACAUCUCGGAGCACAAGGAGGAGGCAAGGAGACACAGGGCGGGGGAGCUCAGCAGCGACCGACCGACGGUGACAGCGAGCGCCACGCCGCCAACGUGCACACUCCGCAUUGCCAAUACCCGCCUUGGCAGCUCGCCCAGAUCACAUCCGUCCGGAUCUCUCUCCUCAACCCGGAAGACCGCGAGGUGGUUGCCAGGCCCGACCUCACUCGCCCCGGAGCCGCCAGCGUGCAGUGUCGCGCCGCUCCAAGAAGCAGGGGUCUCGGCCAACAUCAAAGUCGAAACGGCCGGAUCGACAGGCGUUGUCUUGCUCGGAAUGUCGCCGCCGGAAGCAAAGGGAAACGGAAGGGCGUCCCAGACGAUGUUGCUGCGCAAGCUGUGUCGAAAGAGACCCCUUAUGCUCAUCUCGGGUUCGCCGGGAUUCAAGAAGCCGUCCUUCAGCUGGAGAUGAGACCUGGCAGCAACGUUCAGGCUGUCAUCAAGGAGCUCGAGAAAACCUCACCACUCCGCCAGAUGACAACCACGGAGUACGGCUCUGCUGCGGACAGACUGAGAUCACAUUACCGGCACUGGCUACCCGUCAGGCUAGCCACGACAAACCAACGCCAACCAGGCAGGUGGCAACCGGAUGGUGCUCUACAGGAGAUACUGGAGAAAUACUCUUCCGAAGAUGCCGCGAUAAAUUCCGCGGACGACUGGCUCUUUGACGCGGCGAGGUUGAUUUGGGAGGCCGAGGGCAAGCAACAACCACAGAGCAGUCUGCAGAGCAUGGACGCGGAGAUGAGGCAUCUGCCCAUGGUGCCGACCAAGUUGAACAAGGAGCUGUUACGCACUCACUUACGAUUGUUGUCGCGCUACAAGGCCUGCAUAAGCGGGAGACCCGAUCCUGAUCACCCGUUCAUGAAGCACUGGGUGCCGUGCAUGAUACAGGACCCGCUCCUCAUCAAGAUCAUACUGUUCACAUCGGCCUGCUUCCUGAAUGAGAUACGUCACAUACCCAAAUCUGUCGUCGUGGCUUUGCGCGGCACAGUCUUCCAAUCGCUCAACGAGUAUCUUCAAUCACCUCAAACGCAAACAACGGAUGUGGCCAUACUCGCCGUCACAGAAAUGGUGCUGGAUGAAUGGUACUGGGGUGGCACGCAGGCUCUCCAUGCCCACAUGAAGGGGCUGCGGACCAUGGUUGCCAUGAGAGGGGGAUUGCAGGACCUGGGUAUGCAUGGCUACAUUGCAAAGGCCAUCUUGGUAAACGAUGUCUGCAUGGCGCUCGCCCACGAGACUCAACCCGAGAUUUACGGACGCCGCGGCUUCUCGUUCACAGAUCCCAUCAUGGUCCCGUAUCAAUCCUCGCUUAACACGCCCUACUUGACUGGCUGGCCCUCGUUCGCAUCGAUGGCUGGUUCUCUACAGAUCCACGUCUACACAGCGCGAAUCUUGGACGAUAUGCGCGAAGUCUUCGAAGCAGUGCUGUCUCUGCCCGAUGACGCGACGCCAGAAAUUUCUCAAAACGCUACGAGUGUGGCAUCGUCGGCAUACGGCCGCCUGGGCGAGCUGCCGGAUGCAGUGGCUCUGUAUACGCCUGUCACUUCGAUUCAUGGAUCCGACAAUGGGUCGCCCAACGGGUCAAGCGACAGGAGUUCACCGCCUAUCGAGGCCUCGGAUCCUGUCUAUCAAAUGGUCCGCAUGGCAGCCAUGGUAUACUGCCGUGCGAUUCUCAGCCGAGUGCCAACAAGCGAGGUUUGUAGCGAAAGCGAAAUGUACCAGAUCUGGGGGUUUUCGUGGAAGAUGCUCGUCAGCCGCCGGUCCACGAUUCUGGGCAUCUACAUCUGGGCCACGCUCGCGAUAGCACCAUCAUGCCACGCAGCUGCCCCGGCCCGGUUCAUCAAGACGACCAUUGUCAACGGCAUGAUGACGGCCGCGGUCGCGAACUGGCACGUCGCAGUGGACGCAGCAGCAGCGGCGCUUAAACUGCAGCGUUGGCUGCAAGGCAGCACGUCUCUCAAUCUCGUCACAGGUGGCGAGGGCGUCAUCGACAAGCAUGGCUUCGCGGUCAAGCAUGCGCUGCACGACCUCACGAACGGCAUUGCAGCCAUGCAGACGGAAUCCGUCGAGGACGAGGCUGCAAUCCAGACAUGA